AUGGGAAUUUCGGGAACAAACACCUCGUCAUGGGGAUGUUACCAAGGUGCCUUGAGCCCUUUCCAGCAGCCCGCCGCCCUGUGUCACUGCAGACCCCGGCUGUCUUCCAGCCACCCCCCCCGGAGCGGGGGGCACCCGGUGCCCACCCUCCCCGUGGCUGCACCCCCAGCUCCCCCUGCACCCCCCUGGGCUCCUCCGUCUGAGAUCGAGUCCUCGUCACCCGCUGCUUGGUGCUCAGCUCCCCAGGGAUGCCUCAAGCCCCAGUGCCUGUCCCCUUCCAGGUUAUCUUGGGGUGACAGAGGUGGGGUCAUCCCUCACCCCCCAAAAAUGAUGUCUCCAUCUGAAUUCUCCUUCCCAUCUCGUCCUGCAACAGGGCCUCGUGGCUCCUCACCCCGAGAGCCUCGUCCUUCCCUGGGGCCCAGGGGUUGCUCCGCAAGGACGGGUCCCCGCUCGGGCUCGGCUGUCACAGCGCAGGGGGCUUUGGGGAUGGAUGUGGUGCUGAGCUCAGGGGGUGGCCAGGCUCCAUCUGCAGGCACAGGGAGGAGAUUUUGUAAAAAAAAAAAAAAAAAAAAAAAAAAAAAAUUACGAAACGAAAACAAAAAACUUGGAAAAAUAAACAUUUCUGUGUCUCAAACUGCCCAGAGCUGGGGUCCAGCAGUGCCAGCCCGUGGCACAGAGGGUGGGAUGGGGUUUGAGGAUGUGGGGAGAAGCCAUCGUGGCACUGCCCGUACCCCCCCCCCCAGUGCUGCAGCCCCUGACGGCCUCCCCCCUUGCUGCUGGGGCUCUGCCCGCACCAUGGGCACCCUCCGUGGCAGCCUCGUGCUGUGCACCUCGCCUCGCUGGGGUUGCAAAGCGCCCCCAAACCUCUCUCCGGAGCCUGGCACGGUGGGUGCUGCCCCUCCAUCCCGUCAAUCUCCCCACCGGGGUGGGCUGUGGGGUGGUGGGGAGGACCCGCUGCUUCUCCAGCCUUGGGACAUGUCAGCGUGUCCCUGAGCUGGGGCUGGUGCUGCCACCCCAAACCGACCCCGGGGCAGCCGCCACAGCCCCUCACUGCCCCCCUGUCCCCUCGGCUGAGCCGAGCACCCUGGGGACACGCUGCAGCCCCUCCGGCUGCAUCCAUCCCCUUCCCAGCUCCGUCCCAGCCACGUCCCCCUUUUCUCCCCUUGGGUCCCAGUCGGAUUUGUGCCACGCGGGGUGAAACAGGCCAUGGUUGCACCCGACAGUGAAUUUCGGCCGGGCUUUUCCCCAACCUCGGCAGUGGGGGCACCUUUGUACCCCAGGAGAAAGCUGCGGGUGAGCUCAGCCGUGCGCACCAGCACUGCCCCGAAAGCAAAGCGAUGUGCCCCAAAAAGACAGCUGCUUUGCUCCCUUCUAAACUUCGUCAGCCACCCAUUUAAGAUUUUCAGCUUCCCUUUGGUUUCAGGGGCAAGAAACCGAAUGGGGAAAAGCAAGAAAAAAGUUCAUGAAUUCAAAAACUCGACCUUCCUAGGUGCCAGCACCCAGCUGGGAACUCCUGGCCUGGGAUCCGUAACCCCCAAAUCCUUCAUCCCGUGCACCCCUCUUGGUAGGGUCACCCCAAGCUGAAGCCGAAAUCCUCUGCAUUUGCUGCCUUGCAGCUGAUGUGAUGCCGAACACCCCAGACUGAACAAAUUACCCGAGGUAAGUCCGCAGCUGAGCCUCUUGGGGAACAUCGCAGCGAUCACAAACGAGAUGCAGCGAGGCCGGCUGCUUCUCCUAAAGCUGGUCCUAGGGACACCGGGCUUGCAGGCGGGGCUGGAGUCAGAAACCCCCAAAUUAGCACUUUUUUGCAUAGCAAACUCACGCUUUCUUGGCACGGGCCCCUCUCCCCGUGGGACAGCACCGCCUCAGCCCAUAAGCAUCCCUUGCAGGGGAGCACGGAGGAGGUGAUGGGGCAGCUCCUCGGCAAUGUCACCUUUCAGUAGUUUUUUAAAAAGAUAUCAAACCCCCUUUUUAUAACAAAAUAAAUAAAUCAGGGUUGGAAGCCUGAGCCUCCACUGCGCAAAGAGGUAUUUGCCUUUAUUUUUAAAGCACGUUUUAUUUUUUUUUUGAAAGAAAGUUUAUAUUUCUAGAGGUGGUCUCUUUUUUUUUUUUUUUUUUUUUCCACUUGCAAAAUACUUCCUCUGAUGUGGUUAAUAAAACCAUCCGCAACUGUAUUUUUAAUGGAAUUUUUAUUUUUUUAAGAGCGUUCAGAUCUUUUCAAAGGCCGCGGUCAGCUCCCCGGAGCAGGGAAUUCGCUCACGUUGUACAUAAAGAUUGAGGAUUAUAUAGAAAAAAAAAGGUAAUUUGAGCCUUGCUGUCGCCUGUCGUUGGGUUCUCUGGUGUGUAAUAAAGAGUGAUCACUAAUUGAAACUCUUCCUGCCGUGGAGUCAUUUAAAACACACAUCUCCCUCAUGGAUUAAUUUGGGUUGCACGCCUAUUGCAGUCUCGCAGGGUGGUUGGUUGUUUUUUUCCCCGCUUUGCAAUAAUGAAUGAAAGUGCUGGAUUCUCUUCUUUUUUUUUUUUUUUUUGCUAAAUGUGACCAAAACAGGCUGAGCACCGACGCGUGCAGGAGGGUGCAGGGGUGCGCACUCGUCUGUGCCCGCCUCGUGCUUCCGACAGCAGCAUUUCCUUAGGGAACCAAAAGUUUUAAGCCUGGAAAACUGCCCCGGGACCUCGGUGUCCAGAAAUGCCGGCUGCUCUCCAUCGCUUAAGCGAAGCCGGUGCUUGUUCCAGCAGCUCCCUGCAUCCAGAAAUGCCAGGAGAGCUGCAUCCUCUUCUAGCCAAGGGUGGAGGUCCCGAUUCAUACCAAGGCAUGCGAUAUACUGCACAGCACACGUUGACCCCAUCCAAGCUGUCUUUGCUCAUCACACUCUCCGGACGUUGCUUCCUGCUCUUGGUCAUUGGGAGCUCUCUGGAGGAACACUGAGGUCCUGGCACUACGCUCCCUGGGGACACUGAGGUUCAUCCCCAGCAGCUCUCUCAGCCCUCGCUAAAAUCUUGCUCUGUUGUUCUGUCUUAUAAUGGAACACACUGCGGGGGGUAUUACGGGAACAAUCUUGUUUAAAACAGUGUCAAUAAUUAAUCAAAGUAAUGAAAAUAAUGCAUAUAAAAUAGAAAUUGUUGAGUUGACAUAGGCCUGUACAGAUAUUUUUAAACGAGCUGUUGCCUAAUAUGCAUGCACGUGCAAUAUAUAUAGUUUACAUAUAUAUGUAUAAAUAUGAAAAUGAAAAGAAUAUAAAUUGUAUAUAAAAUGUAUAUAUAUAUACACACACAUUUUCUGCAGCAAGUCGGAAGCCUCAGUGGCUGUCCCUGCUUGCUCUCUUGCCUGCUGGUGCACCCAGCAAGGCGCUCGGGGUGCAUGCACCUGGGCUUUCAGAGCAACUCUGUUUUUGCUUUUGGCUUAUGGCCUCACUCCUCUUUGGGGCGGGGCUGAACAAGAGCAAGGGACUUGUCCAAAUUUGCUCAGGGAAGCUAAUCCCACUUGCAGAAGACAACCUCAAUUCGAUCCCAGACACAAGGUAUUUCGGAAAAAUACAUACCAUAGACCAGACAAGCAUCCAUAGCGUGGCUGGCCAUGCAGACAUGUCCAUGUCCACCACCCCUCACAGCAAACCCCUUUUGAACCCCUUGGCGUCCUAUUUACACCCACCCAGAUUCUGCUUUUUCACUCUGGAUGAGCCGUAGGAAUGUUUUUCUCUAUUUUGAGGAUUUCUCUGCUUGCACAUUCUUCCACAGGUUCCUCUGGAACAACCUCCACACUGGACAGGGUCCGAGUGGAACAGGAGCCUCGAAGAGACACCUCGGCCCCCAAAGAGAUGAGAAGGAGCAAAACGCCAUGUCCUGGGCCCCGCUGCCAAGAACCUCGCCGCUCGCCCCGGGAGCUGACCGAUUCCCACCGAGGCAGCCUCCAGCCUGCCCAAAUUCUCCAGGCACCGUCACCACGGGGCUGGCAGCGCAGCUUUGGCCAGGGGGGAGCCCAGGACCAUCCCUCGUGAUGACCCCGCUCUGUCCUUGCAUUUACGUCCAUCCCAGGCAGCGCUGAAGCCCAGGAUCUGCCGAGGACAAGGCGUAAAAGUGCUCUCCUGCUGGUAAUAAAAGCCCAUCGCAGC